AUGUAUAGAACCGGAGCCUUGAAACAAUUGGACGAUGAACUAGCCAAGCUAAACAUGGACCUCGUCGCACUACAAGAGAUACGCUGGCUAGGCAGUGGUGUGCAGAAUAGGCGUGGCAGUAGCUACGACAUCUACUAUAGCUGCCACGACCGCCACCACAUGCUCGGCACGGGCUUCGCCGUAGGUCAACGUGCGAAGUCCGCAGUCAUUGAUUUCAAGGCUAUAAACGAUAGGCUAUGCUACCUGCGCAUGCGAGGCAAAUUUCAUAAUAUAAGCCUCAUUAACGUUCAUGCCCCUACCGAAGACAAAGAUGAAGAGGAGAAGGACCUGUUUUACGGCCGCCUCGCGAAACUCUAUGAAAGCUGCCCCAGGUAUGACGUCAAAAUCAUCCUGGGGGAUUUCAAUGCUAAAGUCGGUAGGGAGUCGAUGUACCGCCAGUACAUCGGAACCCACAGUCUACACGAGCACAGCAAUGAAAACGGUAGUAGAUUGGUCCAGUUCGCAGCAGCGAGCAAUCUGGUCAUCGGAAGUACCAAGUUUGCGCGACGGGACAUUCACAAAACCACGUGGGUGUCCCCGGAUGGAGCCACUUCCAACCAGAUCGACCACGUGUUGAUUAACCGCCGCCAUCAAUCGAGUCUGUUAAACGAGAACGUCGUGGCAACACCAGAUCUGGCUGGUACGACGAAGAGUGUAGACUUGUGA